AUGAUGCCAGAAAAGCUACCCUCCCAGCCAGCUCUAGGGAAGGGACCGUCGCGUAAAGAUCAUUCGAAUUCUUCCAGUCCCUCACGAAAUGACGACUCGGGUUCAGGAGAAGGACCUACAAGACGACGAUUGCACAAACACUCCUCCACCACCCUCCUAUCCGACGCAUCCUCCCAAUCUCCAAAGACCGGUCCGGGCUCUCGUAUAAGUGUGAUGAACAGAAGGAGGUUAUCGAUACGGGAUCAGAAGGCACCUCAGGGCCCGCGACCGCAGGAACCAUCCCGGAGAAACAUUACAUCCGGCUCGUUCUUUCACUCCGGUAACUCGUCAAUCGAUUCCACAAAUGAUUCAACGCAAAGCAACAACUCCCGCAUCAGCCUCCGAUCGACCAGCAUGGGUACUUUCCCAAAAAUGGACGACAAUCAAACACCUCCCGAAAAUGCGGAGUUCCUUGCGCCGGUCAAUUUCGACGACUUCCACAACAGCAUUGUCGCGGAGCCCAGCUUAAACCAUUUCCCAAUGCCCCGAAGCGGGGGAUCUGGACCUGAUCCCCAUUCACACGAUCCGUGGCCGAACAGCCACGGAAAUGGCGUUUCUGGACGUUUGAGGAGUAAUUCUACCCGAAGGAAGAGCGUGUCAAAUCAAAACGCAUCGGCCGACGUGGCAUCCACUCGAACUCCCUCGUAUGCAGCAAGCCGAAGUCGUCGACAGAGUAUUGUUCAGCCCGGGGCGACCAACCCUGCAGCGCAGCGAGCUCCUCGCAAAUCGAUAGGACCCGGCUCCAUUCCGACAGCUGGCUCUGCCAGGCGGCAGAGUCUGUCGGCCAGGAAGGCCAGUGCUAAUACCGCACAAUCCCAAUUUGACCAAGCAAAUUUUCUCAGCCCACGAAUGCAGCAUGCCGACAAUGGCUCCACGGAUCGCUCGAAGCUUACGGCGAACGCACGGAACAUGAAGGCGAAGUCACUCCAACCCCCUAGUAGAGAGCCCGGCGAAAGCUUCUUGGCAACCUCUACCGUUCCAGAUCAUUCCCGGUCGUCCUCCACGAACGCUGUCCGAACGCCAAUCAAGAAUGUCGCGGAUACAGCAACGACUCCGUCCUCAACGAAGCGCGUGUCGGCCAUGCCACCGCAUGCGACUGGCCUGGGCGCUCGCACUAUUAGUCCCACCGAUGCGCGGCGAAUGAAGCGCAUGUCGACGGUGCCUCAAACACAUCCAAUGCCAUCAUUGCCAUAUACUCCUCCAACCCAAACAGAUCCUCUGCCUCUUCGUCCUCGUUCGAGCGCCCAGUCGCCUUCGAUGAUCCCCCGCAAGAGCGUGACCCCUUCUUCGACCAGAACCACCCCGGACCCCAAUCGGAAAUCGUAUAGCUCUGGCUUGUCUUUGUCUUCCAAUACAAGCUAUAACUCGGCGCGAAACUCGCAAGGCUCUCUACAGCAUCGCUUAUCUCAAGUCUCGUCCUCGUCGCGGUUGCCGACUCCUAAGCCUCGUUCUGAACAUGUGACGGCCGAUGAGGAAGUACCUCCUGUUCCGGCCAUCCCUAAGGCGUACGAGUCCCCUAAGAGCGAGAUUGAUCAACCAAACUUUUCUGCUCCCCGCAAGACCAGCCUACCGUUAGAUAUCCAUCUACUCAAAUCUAGAACCGAUACAGACUCAGACACCAACCCGCAAGCAAGCGCGACGGAGGACGACGCUUCGGAUUCUGCUACUACUCGACGAGCCAUGAAAACACCAGAAGCCAAACCAAGGGCAUCCGGUAGCCUUGCUAAGAAGAACUUGCAGCCGCUCAAGCUCCCACCUUUGAACCUGCUACCGCUGGGAACGCCAAUGACAACUAAAAUAGAAGCGCUGCGAGAAAGAGAAGAGGAAGCUAAAUCGCACACUCCGACAGGCCAAAUCACGUCCAAGACGCCUAGUACGCCUUUGACAGCGUCGAAGGCGAACUUUUUCUCUGUGCAGGAUGAUGAUGAUGACGCGGCGCCGCGAACUCAGGCCAGAAGCAGCACCGCGCACUUUGUAGUCAGCACCUCUGUGCCUCACACCCUGAGGACCGCCAGUAGCUCCAGUGCCUUGGGAUCAUUUGAUAAUGCACCAGCCGGCGCAAGAGCGGGUUCUCCCUACAUUUCAUACACGCUGCCGAAGAGCAACAGCGAUCUCAACUACCUCCGCCAGAAGCCCAGCGCCGACUACUCCCCUCGGCCUGCGCAACCGCACAAACUAACCGGCCCGCGUCCGCAAACUCAGUCGUCCGCCUUAUCUUCCAACGCGGAAACCGUCAGCCAACUCUCAACCCCAUCUGAUGCUGACAACAACAGCACGUCCGGAUCCUCGGUCCGCAACAAGAUUGUUGUGCCCCGGCAGCGCAGUGCCUCCAAGCCCCAACCGCCCCCUGAUGCAACGACGACCGAUCCCAAAAAGCGGGAUCCCAUGCCACCUCCUAAGAUCCCGGCAUCUGCAACCUGGAGCAAUCUAUCUACGACCAAGAAUACAAGUCCGACUCUGAAGACCUCUUACCUCAAGUCGAGGAGACAGUCGUCCAUGAUGAACAUGGCAAACCCGGCAUUGCGGAAACCCAGUUUCAGCAGUGAGCAGAGCCUUGCAUUGGAGCCAAGCCCAUCCAACGAGUCCGGGGAAAGUGACACUCCGCACCAACAUCGUUCCGCAUCUUCCAUACUCUCGCCCGUUCACAAGAUCAUCAACUCCGCCAAGUCAAAUGCUGGAGCCCACCCAACAUCCACGGAUCCUGUCAAGGAUUCUGAUGUCCAACUUGCUGAUGAAGAGAUGCGCAAGCUUGGUAGUCGACGUAAAGACUUUGAGCACGCCGCAAAGGAACUGGAUGAACUCCGCAACAAAUCCGCUCCCCAAGAGCGCGUCACCGCCGGGCAGGCUCUCCGCAUGGCAGGCUUGAACAUCUUCGAACGCGGAGAAAUCAUCGACUUCAAAGACAUCUAUUUCUGUGGCACGCAGCAUGCCAAGAAGCACGUGGGCGACCUCAAUUCUCAGGCUGCCAAUUUCGGCUAUGAUGACGAUAGAGGCGAUUACAACAUUGUCAUCGGUGACCACCUCGCAUAUCGGUACGAAGUGAUUAACGUGCUGGGUAAGGGAAGUUUUGGGCAGGUCGUGCGAUGUGUUGACCACAAAACCGGCGGUCUUGUCGCGGUUAAAAUCAUCCGCAAUAAGAAACGAUUCCACCAGCAGGCUCUGAUCGAAGUGAACCUUCUACAAAAGCUCAAGGAAUGGGAUCCUCAUCGUCGCCACAGUGUGGUCAACUUCACUCAGAGCUUUUAUUUCCGCGGUCAUCUGUGCAUCUCGACCGAACUUUUGGGCAUGAACCUCUACGAGUUCAUCAAGGCUCACGAUUUCAAAGGAUUCUCUCUGAAACUCAUCCGUCGCUUUACGAAGCAGAUCCUGAGCAGUCUCGUACUGUUGCACGCCAAAAAAGUGAUUCAUUGCGAUCUCAAGCCGGAAAACAUUCUCCUCUGCCAUCCAAUGAGCUCCGAGAUCAGAGUGAUUGACUUUGGCUCGAGCUGCUUUGAGAAUGAGAAGGUGUACACCUACAUUCAAAGCCGAUUCUACCGCUCCCCAGAGGUUAUCCUGGGCAUGUCAUACGGCAUGCCAAUCGACAUGUGGAGUGUCGGCUGUAUCCUGGCCGAGCUCUUCACGGGGUAUCCGAUCUUCCCCGGAGAGAAUGAGCAGGAGCAGCUAGCCUGUAUCAUGGAGGUGUUCGGACCUCCGGAGAAGCACUUGAUUGAGAAGAGCACUCGCAAGAAGCUGUUCUUCGAUUCUCUUGGCAAGCCAAGACUGACAGUCUCGUCGAAGGGUCGCCGUCGACGCCCGAGCUCCAAGGAGCUCAGACAAUCCUUGAAAUGUGACGACGAUGCUUUCCUCGACUUCAUUGCUCGUUGUCUGCGCUGGGACCCGGCUCGGCGUAUGACGCCCCAUGAAGCACUCCGCCAUGAGUUCAUCACCGGAGUCAAGCUGCCCCCACGGCCCCGAACAUACACCGUGGGGACGAAUUCUCCGGCCAAACGUGGAAACCUCUUUUCCAAUGCGUCAUCAGGUCGCCCGCUUCCCGAUCCUCCUUCCACGAGCCUCAAGAACGGCACCUUUGUUCGCAGCCGGGAUGUGUCCGGCACGUCUCCAGUCAAACCCCCCGUUGGCAAGCGACAUUCUACUGUGAGCGGCCUACCGCCGUCUACUCCCGGCAAGCGAGGCAUCAGUACCUCCAACACUACGCCCGGAUCGGCGUUGCCUCGCGUCGCCGCCAGGAGCAUUAGUGGAAAGCCCGACCUCGCCACGGCAGCAGCUGCGACAAGCUUGAGGACUAAAUAA